GCAUUUCCCAAUAAUGUAAAAAUCUCUGUACCGAUGAUGUAAUAAAUAAUUACCUUAUUUUUGCAGAACCCUAAUAAUGCAAUCAUUUCCCAAUAUUGUAAUUAUAACAUUGUUACAUUUUUUUAUUGAGUUAUGAGGUUAUUUUUUAUUACAUUAUCAGGUUUUACACGCGACAAAAUGUUUUAAUAAUUCUCUAAUUUGAGUGUUUUUCCUGUCAGCUAAAUAAAUCCCUCUGGUUUCAGGACAUGAAGUCAGCCUCCUUCCUCGUAUUUGUCGUUUUGGUGCAUUUUAAAGUUUAAUCUAAGCUUUUUGAGGCGCAGACGUCUCCAAAAUGUUUACAUAAUAAGCAUAAGAAAGCAUCAUUUAGUUUAUAAAUUGAACCUAAACAUGGAUCUUUCUCUAUUAGCACGAAGCUGACACAGUAUUUACUAUCAUUGAGGGUAAACAUGCUGUAAAUUUGCGUCAAAGAUUGAUAAUAGUGUAAAAAAAAAAAAACAUGAAUAAACUAUAAAAUUACGCACCAAAAUGUUUGAAUAAUUGUGUGAUUUCAGUGUUUUCCUGUCAGCUAAAUGACUCCCUCUGGUUUCAGGACAUGAAGUCAGCCCCCCUGCUCCUGCUCCUCUCCUCGGUCCUCCUCUCGUCACACCUCCGCCCCGCCGCCGGCAGACCUCGCGUCCUCCCCGGCUGGCUGGAUGGAGACAUCACCGCCUCACAGCUGCUGAACAACAACAUCCUGAGGUUUCUCCAGAGGAGGGAACCGGCACGAGCUGCGCUGCUGCUCCCGGAUGAGGAUGAGGAGAGAGAAGCAUUGAGGACGGCGUCUCAGCUGCUGAAAAGGAGUGAAGAGCCUCCUCUGUCCAUCGACCUGACCUUCCACCUGCUGAGGAAUAUGAUCCAGAUGGCCAAGAUGGAGAACCAGAGGGAGCAGGCUCUGCUUAACCGCAGAGUGCUGGACGAGGUCGGGAAGUAAAGCUCAACUUUUUUUUUUUUUUUUUUAAAUGCCUCGUGUCCGUAUUCAAGACCUCUGACUUUAGUUUAUUUUUUUGUUCGUGCACCUGCCUUCCUGUCCUCUCCAUUUUACGCACAGAUGGUGCCAAUUUACGCAUCAAAGCAACCUCGGUACAAAUGUAAAUUAACUGUUAUUUUAAGACUUUGUUGGAAAAUAUGGAAAUCACAGACUCCCUCACCACUCCCCCUCCUUCAUCAUCUGGUUUCACCCCCAUCCUCACCCCUUCUGAACACACACACACGCGCACACACACACACACACACACACACACACACACACACACACACACACACACACACACACACACACACACAAGUAUACUUAAGUCACUUUUGGGUUAUUUACAUAGACAUACAUUCAUUUCCUGGAGACCUAAUCUAAACA